GGUUUCUUCUGGGUGAAAACAGCCGACAGGGGGUGCUAACGCCGGCUUCUCCUCCUAUUCCGUCUGGGCAGGGGCUCUCAGUGGAUAGCCCUGCCUGUCUAAACACCAGUCAACCACAAGCUGACUCGACCUAAAGGUUUCCAUGGUGUUGGCUUGAUGGGGUCCAAGCGGGCGACAAAGUGAUGGUCUAAGGACUCCCAGUCACAGAGGUGCUUGCGCGUGGAAUGUUGCGCUGGUCGGUGCACCUAGAAGGAGGGCCGCGGAGAGUCAACCAUGCUGCUGUGGCGGUGGGGCACAAGGUGUACUCCUUUGGAGGCUACUGCUCCGGGGAGGACUACGAGACCCUCCGUCAGAUUGAUGUGCACGUCUUCAACACAGUGUCACUGCGCUGGAUGAAGUUGCCUCCAGUGAGGACGGGAGGACAUGAACGUGUCCGUGAAGUGCCAUAUAUGCGUUAUGGCCAUACAGCUGUGCUGUUGGAUGAUACUAUCUACCUCUGGGGUGGGCGUAACGACACAGAGGGGGCCUGCAAUGUGCUUUAUGCCUUUGAUGUCAAUACCCACAGAUGGUUCACACCCAAGAUUUCGGGGACUGUUCCAGGGGCAAGGGAUGGUCACUCAGCCUGUGUCCUGGGGAAGGCAAUGUAUAUAUUUGGAGGAUAUGAACAGCUGGCUGACUGCUUCUCCAAUGACAUCCACAAGCUGGAUACCACCACCAUGGUUUGGUCAUUAAUUAAUGCCAGAGGUACUCCGGCACGCUGGAGAGACUUCCACUCGGCCACCAUCAUUGGGACAAAAAUGUUUGUGUUUGGAGGGCGGGCAGACCGUUUUGGUCCCUUCCAUUCUAACAACGAGAUCUACUGCAACAAGAUCAAAGUGUUUGACACAGAGACCAACUGCUGGCUGAGCACCCCUUCAACACAGCCAUUGCCAGAGGGACGCCGGAGUCACUCAGCCUUUUCAUAUAAUGGAGAGCUGUACAUAUUUGGAGGAUACAAUGCCCGUCUGGACCGACACUUCAACGACCUCUGGAAAUUCAAUCCAGAAGCCUUCUCCUGGAAGAAAGUAGAGCCAAAGGGGAAGGGUCCAUGUCCACGGAGGCGACAGUGCUGUUGUAUGGUUGGGGAUCGAAUCAUCCUCUUUGGAGGAACCAGCCCCUGCCCAGAGCAAGGAAUGGGAGAUGAAUUUAACCUCAUGGAUCAUUCAGACCUGUAUAUCUUAGACUUCAGCCCUAAUUUGAAGACGUUAUGCAAAAUAGCUGUUAUUCAGUACAGUCUGGAGCAGUCAGGACUUCCACAUGAUAUCAGGUGGGAACUGGCAGCCAUGACGACCAACAGCAACAUCAGCAGGCCCAUCUUCUCGUCACACGGCUGACGCAGCUGAAUGUGAAGCAGAACCAGAACUCUGUGUUCGGACACCGGGCUUUUGUCUUUCAAAUCAUCUGAGCUCCGAGGGACUGUUUUUUUGUAUAGUCUGGAUCUGUAUCUGAUUGAUUUUCCACAUUCUACAAGUGAAAACUCAUUACUGACCAAAAUAUCCUGCUAAGACUUCCUUGGACACCACGUGCUUUGCCAUGUCUCGGGACAUUUUAACCCUUGAGACGAUGGUCGUGUGACACAGAAAUCACCUGUUCACCCUUUUCUCUUCUUUCUAGCCUCUCUAGAAAUCCAAUCAGCCUAUGAUAAUCAUAGACUUCUAAUCUUAAGCACAGGAAGAGACAAGAACUUCAGCCAAAGGUCUUGAGAGCUAACCUCUUUGUUGAGGAUGUCAUCCUGAUGUCAUACUCAACGCACCUCCCCUAAAGGACAAAUGUGAACCUUCUGUUGCAGAUAUGAAGAGACUGAGAUGGUCAUGAGUCAGAAUCUCUUGCUGCUCAAACUUAGUCAUAACACCAUAUAAAGCUGCCACAUCCAUGAGCAGACAACUCAUUAUGUUGCUUUUGAAUGCAAGGAGAUAGAAUAUUCAGUACCACAUUGUUGGAGUGUGAUUCUUUAAAAGGUCUGUUGGACUGAUUUGAAACGCUUAGCGAUUUCCCUGCUUCAUUCUAACUUGGAUGGCACCCCGUUGCUCUCAAGUGUCUCUAAGGUAAUUUGCAAGGCAACUGAAAAAGCCUUGUAAAAUAAUCAAGCCCAUCUACCUCCCUCAAUAGCAUGCAACAUUGAGUGUUUCAGACUUCCCAUGCAUUAGACACCUACUUUCCCCCCCAAAAAACAAAACAAAACAAAAAGAAAAAUGGCUUUUUUUGCAGGGAAGAUGGUAUUUGUGGUUCUAUUCUUCCAAGAAAAUGCUGCAGUGUCACUGGAAGAGUGCGACUCACCUGCCACAACGCUCCCUCUACCCCUCGAGCUUGUUUUUCAGUGCCAAACAUAGAAGGGAGUCAUGAUGCAAAUGUAUACUGUGUAUGUGUGUGAACACGUGGGCCUGUCUACACACAGUCCACCUGCUUCGGUUUACCUGUUGUUGUACAGGGAAGUCAUCACUAAUAUGCAUAAUGUAAUUCCUUUUUAGAGACAAUCCGACAGCGUUCAGAGACUCUUCUCAUGACCGGCUUAUUCACAGUGUAGUGGGAAAACUAGGAAAAUGCGCACGUGUGUUUGUGCACAAUGACAAGCAAAGUAAAAGCUGAGCAGCAGAUGUUCUAAACAUGCAUAAGGGCUGUUAUCAGGUCACACACUCACACCACAUAGCUUGGACUUGCUCAAAUGUUAUUAAUGCUAACUGCAAAUUUUAGAACAAAACUUCUGGUGGUGGUUUUUAUUCUUAUCUCCAUUCCUAUUAGUUAAAGGACAAUUCUAUAUUUUUGUUGUCAACAAAUCCCAGAAAAAGACCAAAACAAACAGUGUGCUAGGUCGUCUUUCAACACUUUCCUGUGCUGUCAGUGGCUGUCAGCCCAAAGCCAGUAAGUUUCUACUAAGAACCAGCCAAACAGUGCAGGUUUUAACAGUUUUUUCUCAAACAGAAGUGAGGAUAGAACUUGUAGGGGAUGAUUUUUAAUUGUGGUUUUGGUGCAUAUGUGAACACCAUGACAGUGUAUUUAAGAUCAUUUUUAAUCGUUUUGGGAUAACUAUUAUAUAUCAGGCUUUGGAUCCACAGACAAUCUUUCAUAAUAAAUUAUUGUCUUAGUCUUUGUUGACAUAAAAAAUACCGAAUAGCAUCCAAGCUACCCUGUGAAUCUUAGACCAAUAAUUAGUACAACAUGAUGUUAAUGAACAUCCGGGCAGAAGAGCUGUUACUGAUGUUUUUUUGUUUUUUUUAACAUUUUCACUGUGGAUUUUAGUUGUCUGGUCCUGAGCAGUACAAAACCCCACACUUUACAAACCUAAGAUGGGAUGAGAAACUGUUACCACUCAUUUGUGAGCUGCAUUCAUGAUUUUCAAUCCUGAUCUUUGAGAUAAGUGUUUUGCUGCUUUCUGUCCUGCCAGAUAGUUAAACCUCCUCUGUUCAGUGAGUCUUUGAUUAGCUAGUUAGAAUGAAAAGCAGUAGGACUCUGGCACCCGGACAUCAGGCUUUAUUAACACCGACCUACAACAUUAAUGUUUACAAAUCCGUGUAUGUCUCAUAAAGCAGUGUAAAACAAUCUUAAAUGCAGGUUGCAUUCACCAGAUAACUGCACUAUAGCCAAUCUUGGCACAUCUGGCCAUACAGAAGGACACGUUGAUGCUGCUUUUUGCCUAACUAGACUCCAGAGUUUGAGACGUUUGCCUGCCCAAACCAAGUCUGAAUUUUAUUAUUUACAGACCAGCGGUGCCAAUGUGACUCAGCGAGUCUUAUAUUCUCUGCACUCCACACGCACAUGGACAUGUACACUUGAUAUUCCCAGUUAGCUGGACGAUACGACAGCUAAUGCAGUUAAACCACAGGGAAGCUAAAACAAUUCUGGUGAACAAAUCAAACUGUUUAUGUAACACCAAAUGGCCGCUGGCACACUGAUAUUUGUUUAUUUCUCUUUUUCCAGUGUGUCGUGUGGAAGUCAUCUUUAUUUCAGGAUUUUGAUCCCUUUCUUGUUGUGUGUGAAGAUUAUGGGUGAUAUUUUAUAGUGAAGACCUCUUCAGGAAUAUGGACUAAAGAUUGAGUAAAUGAAUUGUAGACACUGGUCAGAAAUAAAAUACCUGUACAACAAGUUUCCUCAGUAAUGAUCACUCAUUUACCUCCACUAAUGAAGUACUAGCAGUUUUUCCUAAAUAUAUUGGCAUGACAUUUUUAAUGGUAGUGGUGUAAAACCUCCUAAAAGAUGCAGUUUCUGAAGCUCCUCUUGUACUUCUUAUCUUACCUUGUGAAGAGGCUUUAAGAACUUCACAGGGUUACUACCGUUUCAACAAAAGCAAACUAGAAGAAAAUCUGCUUCUGCCAAGAAAAUGCAUCAUUAGAUUGUAGUGCACGCUCAUAAUUCAUUGACUGAUGAUUCAUUGUGAGGAGAAGUCUGUGACUGGUCUAAUUUAAUGCUAAUACAUGUGCUCUUUCUUCAGGGUUUAAAGUAUAUGGGGACUAAUUAAUUUGUAAAGAUAAACAGAUCUAAGUAUGGACUGUAUCUGGAUUCAUUUUACAACUGCGUAGGCUCCCGAUGCUUAUUGUUGGCAUAUUUUUGAAGGGGACUCUGUAUUUGGCAAUGUUGGUGAGGACUUCCUGUGCAAUAUGCUUUAUAACUGUAUCAACAAUAAAUCUGAGACACUUUGAGUUGUUUA